GCCCGCUGCCGACCGGCCCGCACUGCGGCCCCGCCGCCGCCACCAUGUCCCUGCACGGCAAACGGAAGGAGAUCUACAAGUAUGAGGCGCCCUGGACCGUCUACGCCAUGAACUGGAGCGUGCGGCCCGACAAGCGCUUUCGGCUGGCGCUGGGCAGCUUCGUGGAGGAGUACAACAACAAGGUUCAACUUGUUGGUUUAGAUGAAGAGAGUUCGGAGUUUAUUUGCCGAAAUACUUUCGACCAUCCGUACCCCACCACAAAACUCAUGUGGAUCCCUGACACAAAAGGUGUCUAUCCAGACCUGCUGGCGACAAGUGGCGACUAUCUCCGAGUGUGGAGGGUUGGGGAAACAGAGACCAGGCUGGAAUGUUUGCUAAACAAUAAUAAGAACUCGGAUUUCUGUGCUCCUCUGACCUCCUUUGACUGGAAUGAGGUGGAUCCUUAUCUUUUAGGUACUUCAAGCAUUGAUACAACUUGUACCAUCUGGGGGCUGGAGACAGGGCAAGUGUUGGGACGAGUGAAUCUUGUGUCCGGUCAUGUGAAGACUCAACUGAUCGCUCACGACAAAGAGGUCUAUGAUAUUGCGUUCAGUCGUGCUGGGGGCGGCAGGGACAUGUUCGCUUCGGUGGGGGCUGAUGGCUCCGUGCGGAUGUUUGACCUCCGCCAUCUGGAACACAGCACCAUCAUUUAUGAAGACCCCCAGCAUCACCCUCUGCUUCGCCUCUGCUGGAACAAGCAGGACCCUAACUACCUGGCCACGAUGGCCAUGGACGGAAUGGAGGUAGUGAUUCUGGAUGUCCGAGUUCCCUGUACACCCGUCGCCAGGUUAAACAACCACCGAGCCUGUGUCAAUGGCAUCGCAUGGGCCCCACAUUCAUCCUGCCACAUCUGUACUGCAGCUGAUGACCAUCAGGCUCUCAUCUGGGACAUCCAGCAAAUGCCCCGGGCCAUCGAGGACCCCAUCCUGGCCUACACAGCGGAAGGCGAGAUCAACAACGUGCAGUGGGCAUCGACUCAGCCCGACUGGAUUGCCAUCUGCUACAACAACUGUCUGGAGAUCCUCAGAGUGUAGUGCUGGUGGCGCCGUGCCCACGAGGCAGGGGCUUGUGUGUUUCUUGCCCCUGCCCCGACCCCAAAGUAAGAAGAAACGUGUUUCCAGUGGCCAGUAUGUCUUUCAUUGCUUUGCACCCGCUGUUACCAGAAGCUGCUCUAGGAGUCCUGGCCCAUCACCCAGCACUCUGUGCCAGCCUCAGUGCUGUGUGGCGUCCCUCAGCCCAAGGCUGAGUUUUAAGAUAUUCUCUCUUUUCUCUUCUCCUUUGGUUCCUCAAUUAAAAGUUUCUGUGUAUUUGUCUGUCAGCUGUCGUGUUAAUGAGCAUUCCAGGCACUGGCUGCGCUUACGUCCAUCUGUCUGUGUGUCUGCGCGCAGGCAGCCCUCUCUGUCCCUGUCCCUGCCGCGGCCGUGUCGGUGGGGACAGAUGCCAACUUGAGUCUCUCCGCCUGUUUUUGAUGUAUUUAACAAAUGUCAACUUUGUAUAUUUUUUAUCUCUCGGGCUAAUUUUUUUAUGAAAAGAACUUUACUCUUCCUGGUUUCUCCCUUUGUCUCAUAGUCCUCCCUACUAGCACCCUCCUCUCCCUGGUGCCUGGAGCAGCUCUGGGCCCGCAUCCCAGCAGCAGUUUGCCUUCUUGAAUCACUGCCUGAGCGGAGUGCACCUGACCAGGAGUCCAAACCGCCCUGGUGCUCAGAAGUCGGCCACCUCAUACCUUUUCUCAGCCUGGCUCUUCUCAAGGGCAUUCUGGGCUCCAAAACAGACGUGUGAAGCCUUCUGUCACUCCCGGAAGUUACCUCUGUCCAGCCCCACUGAGACCUGUUGGGCAGUGCCUGAUUGGGCUGGCUAGCGUGGCGUCCCAGAAGUCCUCUUACAUAGAAAUGACUUGGGAUAGUUGCAGGAACGCUGAGCUCAGCGCGUUCUCCAGCCUCCAGUGGGCCUCUGCUUUGCCUCCACCCGGAAGCCCAGCCCUUCUAUUCCGUGUCUUGGAUGAUAGGCCUGGAUGAGCUGAGCCUAAGCGGCGCUGUUUCUCUGCCUAGUGCACUGUGACUGGGUUACAGUGGCAACCUUGGAUUGACUGCUGAGGGGCGCGGCCUGCUGGAGGGGCGCGGGCCCUGUGUCUGUCUCUGAGCAGGAGCUCUUUCCAAGUAUGGGACUCUCCGCUCUCAUCAGCAACGAACUAAUAGGCUGUGAUGACCCCAGACCUUCAGGUAAAUAGACAAUGUCAGAAGAAUCAGAAGCCUCAGGGACAGUCACUUGAGAGCCCCUCGCCACCCGUCCACUUGCCUCCAGCAUAGGGUGUCAGCUGGCCUGGCCUGCAGGCCACAGGGUCUGUUUCCGUUACAUGCGUGAGCUUCAUGGAGGGGGCUUGAGUGUGAUUCUGAGGUUAGGCAAGCCCUUGGGCAGGAUGAGUUUGGGGACCAGUUCGCUGGUUUAUUGUGCUCUGUCGAGUGCCAGAAAUUUACUGAGACCCUCUAUAAAUUGCAUGUAUAAGAUUAGGAGAGAUUAAGAUUGGUGGUUUUGCCCACUUACGUUCUCAUCUGCUCUUGAGAAGCAAAACAGUGCUUCCAGGCCCUUGAAAUCUUUGGGUUGAAUUCUCCUUUUCGGAAGCAGAUAUACCUGUGUUCCCUAAAGUCAUAGCUCUUUGCUUUACUACAGAGGCUUGUCUUAAAGAAAAAAACCCUUUGUUCCAGUCAGGUUAUUUCCCUAACCUUAUUGCUGUCUUGUUCUCCCAUUGGGUUUCUGACUUGGGGUUGACCCUUGGCAUUUACCACCGUGCUGCAGUUAUGCAUGGUGCCAUUUGGAGACGUGGGUUGGGACCUCUUCUGCUUUUCAUUGUGUCUAAUUGUUACAGGCCCUUCUCUGAAAGGCAGUCUGAGCCAUCAGUUCCUUCCUGAGGAAAAGGGUCUGAAAUGGAGGUCAACGUGGUGGAAAGGCUGGUCCUACCCAGACAGGCUGUACCCAGCCUGAGUUCUCAGUUAGGUUGCCUCUCCUGAUCUGCCCUUAAACCUGGUCUGGAUGGUGAAAGCAUUUGUCAGCUGGAACACGAAAACCAAAUGUGGGGAAAGAAUUAGUUAAUAGUGAUUAGAAUAUAUUUGGGUAAAGUAGCAAUUCACCCUGGAAGCUCACAGCUGUUGAUGAGGGCUUGUCCUGUGGACACCCAGCCCUGUUACUCCUCCUCAGGCCCUGCAGGGUGUCCUCCUUGUGACAUUCCCCCGGGGCUCUCCCUAAGCAAAUAGAACCAUGCUCACAGUUGGAGGGAGGCUGGUAUUUUGAAGCCCUGGACCUCUUACCACAGGCCAAAUAGUGCCUUUGGCUGAGUCAGGGCUUCUUUUCUUACUCUCAGGAUUUAGAAUGCCUCUCGGCCAGCCAGGCUCCCAGAAGAAGCGAAGAGCUGUUAUGGCUUCAAAAGCAGCUGUCAUUUGUUUACGUUCUCAGAAUGACAGCUAGAAGAAUGGGUGGGGACUCUGGAUCUGUUCUGCAUGAGAGGCACAGCUGCGGGACCUCCCUGGGAAGGCCUCAAGCCAGGCUCUGCAGGCUGAGGGCAGACUUUUGACUUGCUCUGGGCCCACUGAGUCAACCUGCCCAUUUUCUUUAAGUGCUCUGACGGGAGCACUUUAAGUGUCUGUCAAGCCUCCGCCCCCGCUGUCAGAGAGCUGCCGUACGGGUGCAUGUCCUCCCAGGCCUUUACACCAGGAAAGCAAAAACUCUCCUUCCAGGAAGGGACCAAGCUACCAGGUUAGGACUUGAAAGGGAUGAGAUGUGAUAACUGAGUGAGGAUUUCUUAUCAGAACCAGGAUGAGCUUUCAGGAAAUUGCUUAAGA